AUGAAGGGCACAACCAAGUGGCCCGCCAGUGUACGUGCAUUGCUUGUGCCUGGCUUCCGUCGCGUCGUCGAGCCGAGCAUCGAUUUGGUGUUCCUGGGUUUUCUUUUUCCUGUGUUGCACCGCCUUGCCAUGUUCCCUUUCGGUCGAUCCCGUCGACCUGACAGAGACUUGGAUGCCCUCAAACGUCAACAAAUAGAGGCACUCAAGCAAGCUGUGCCGACAGCUAGGGCAGUCAAUUCGGACUCCUCUCUGUUCGACCUCCCGAUCCCCUCCGCCUCUGCCACAGCCGUCCUUCGCGUCUCCCUCCCCCACAACUUCCCGGACGAGCCCCCGUCCCUCCGCCUCCUGGGCCUGGGGGUCCGGCAUGCCUGGAUUGACGCCACUGGCGCCGUUGUCCGGCACCCGAAGCUGAGUCCCUGGCAAUCCACCCACUCCCUCGCAGAGGUGUGCACGAGCGUCAUGCAAGAGAUCACGAAAACGGUGGGGGGUUCCCCGACGGUGGGCGUGGGCGUGGCCGUUCAAUGGGGUGGGGGAGGAGGA